CACACACACACUGCAAGGAGGAGCCAGGGCUGUAGUCAGUCACAGACAGGUAGGUAAGAGGCUGCCUGAAACAGAGAGAGCGAGAGAGAACAAGAGAGAGCGCGAGAGAGAGCGAGAGAGUUUUUGCGAGUGACUGGUUGCUCACACACACUCAAGCUCACCACGCAGCCUCACUUAUGUGUGGCUCUUCUCAAGGCUUCAAAGCCUCGUCCUCUACGUGCGGCACAGUCAUGUUAACCUCUGACGGCUCACCGAACAGGACAGAGGUCAUGGCGGUCGCCAUGGCGGAGUCUGCGGACUCGGACAUGACGUCGUGGAGCGAGGCCGACUUUGAGGAGAAGUGCACGUACAUCGUAAAGGACCAAGCUCUGGAAGAAGCGUCCAAAAAAUGCAGCAGAACACGAGCCGAGGGUUCCUUGCCCAGGAACUUGGCCCUGAAACGCUGCCUGGACUCAGCGCAGGUGCUUGGAGUGACCAGUAAAGAGUUGAUACCGAAGGGGACACGCUUCGGACCUCUGGUGGGGGAAACAUACACCAACGAAACGUUGCUGAAAGAUGCCAACAGAAAGUAUUUUUGGAGGGUCUUCUCCCACGGGACCUUACACCACAUCCUGGACGGUUUGAACGAAGACAAGAGCAACUGGAUGCGAUACGUAAACCCGGCCCGCGGCACCGACGAGCAGAACUUGAUCGCCUGCCAGAGCGGUCUGGACAUCUACUUCUACACCAUUAAGCCUCUACUCCCCGGCCAGGAGCUGCUGGUGUGGUACUGCUCGGAACUAGCCCGGCGUUGUAACUACCCACCCCUGGGGCAACUUGCGAAGGACCGUGUUGAGCAUUGCCAUUUACAGAAGACGACGACGGAGAAACGCGGACACACCGUGACCGAGAUCCUCCGAGAAGAGCCCCCCAAAGCCCUCGCUAGCUUUUGCCGACAGAUGGACGGUUCUUUAUCUCAGGACAACCUCUCCAUUUUCCCCAUGGCCUACCCAAUUCAGUCCCGUUCGGAACCCGUCCACAGGUAUGCAGCUCUGCCCCCUCUACCGGCUGCCAAAAAGUCAGCUUUAAGUAGCCACCUUCCUUCCAAUUUAUACAGCUUCCAGCACAGCCCGAGACAUGUCCUAGCUAAACCUUACCCAGAACCCGGAGUACCGGAUCGAGUUUAUCCCACCUUGAGGCCCGGUCCCUAUCUCCUGCCCCGCUACUCACCUUGCCCUGACAACAUUCUACCUCACCCCUACUUGUCCUACGCCGAUCGCCCAAAACCUUACCUGACGCUCUCCGCUCACUUACUGCCUUUGGAUGGUUAUGUAAACCUCCUCCACUCUGAACAAAAUAACUUAACUUUUGCACUAUCAAACACCAAAGAUGACCUCGUUCCUUCUCCGACCGACGAGACCAAAGAUGAAAAGAACCUCGUAUGCCAAAGAACAAACUACCUCAAAAGUCCUUCCGAGCAGCCCGGACAAGCGGACGUCCCUUUAGCGUCCACAUCCAGUGCCACAUCUGCGGUCAGCGCCCCAUGCAGAGCGCAGCCGUCACUCGAAUCAGGAGGAUGCUCUCCACCGCUCGGUACGGCGGCGUCUUUGGACCAUGACCCCUGGAAACCAACUGAAGCGAUGCAAAGCAACACCGCGGAUGCAGCGGAUGUCAGGAAGGCCAAACGAGAGGAGCACGCGAUCGGCUACAAGACCUUGUCGUACCCGCUCACCAGACAGAAUGGAAAGAUCCGGUACGAGUGCAACAUCUGCAGGAAAGUCUUUGGCCAGUUGUCCAACCUCAAGGUCCACCUGCGGGUCCACAGCGGCGAGCGUCCCUUCAGAUGCCAAACGUGCAACAAGAACUUUACUCAGCUGGCACACCUGCAGAAACACUACCUGGUUCACACCGGAGAGAAGCCCCAUGAGUGCAAGGUCUGCCACAAGCGAUUCAGCAGCACCAGCAAUUUAAAGACACACCAAAGGUUGCACUCGGGCGAAAGGCCCUACCAGUGCAAACUGUGCCCGGCCCGGUUCACUCAAUUCAUCCACCUGAAGCUCCACAAACGCCUCCACACUGGGGAACGUCCGUACCGCUGUCCCUGCUGCCCCUGCGCCUACUUCCACCAGUGCAGCCUUCAGGUCCACCUCCAGGGGUUCUGCCCUAUCUCGUCUUCGCACAAACACUCCCCCGAGGAGUUCCACAGGGUCAACUCUGAGAUCGAGAGGUUCGACGUGAGCGAAGCGGCCGAGCAGCUCGAGGCCAUGGCGGCGGAGGCCAAGACGGACAAGAGGGAUGUGCUUGCGCUCAUACAAAGGUUGAACACUCGCGCCUCCAAACGACACGAUGGCGCCGCGGCUGACUUCGAACUCUUUGAAUCGGCGAAGGCGGCUUCGCGACACCACCUCGGACCUCGUCUACCUCUGCAUCCGAGCCGCAUCAAGCGCGAGUCAGGCUGCAUGUCAGAGCCUGAAGACGGCUUUGCUAAUCCAGUCAUAUAAUCCUUACAGGUCAACUCGGCAGCUGUCUGGCACUGCCCUAUUUGAAGUAAAGCCUUAUCUAUAAACGACCGCUUCACGUGAAGUCCCAAGACUCCACCAGCACGACCUGACACUUUGUUGGUUUAACGUAUAAAAAGUUGCUAAUUUAUUCAGUUCAGCUCAUAUUGAUUUAUACAAACGGGGUUUCGUGACAUGAGGCGUCACUGUAUCGUCAUGUCAGCCAAACAUGCCAUUAUGCAUAACGCCAUUUGUUUAAAAUUCCUACCAGCAAGAGUAAAAAUGUGUUUGUGUCUUCUUACUACAGAUACAAAUAAAGCAGUAAAGGUUUGACUGUG